AUGGAGCAGCAACUAUCAGUGGAAUCGGCAACAUCCUCUCACGACAUCAGUCCGAAGAGAUCGCCUCAAAUCUGCCUCAGUCCGAAGCACAAAAAGAUACUACGGAGCACAUUUGCACAAAUGAAUUCCGGUGGCACCUUCUUGAAAUUGAUCGAGCAGGUGUUUCGGCGUCUAGAAGCAAAAUAUCCGGACAUCAGGUCAAUCUUUCUGACGACGGCGUUUGUGAAUUCUCUUUCACGGGAGAAAUCCUCUCCAUCGGUAGUUCGAACGGAGCACGACCACUGCAAGUGCUUGGUAAGUCUCAUUUCUAGAGUGUUCCUAUUCGGAGUCCCAUUGCCAUCAUAA